UGUAUGUGAACGAGCAAACGAGCGAAGAGAAGAGAAGAGAACAGAAGAGAAGUAUAGGGGCCUAGGGCACAGAAUCGAACCGCCGUUGGGUUGGCUCCACGGUAACGCUGGUGGCUCUGUCCGACUGGUGUGGUGACCGACCGUGGUCGUCGUCCGUCCGUCAUAUUCCCGGUUUGAAAGCAAGGUUGCGGGUAGAGUUGUUGCGACGCAGGAGACGAGAGAGACAGAGAAGAAGGUGCAGUGAUCUGGUGUGUUUUAAGGAGAGAGUUUUUUUUUAAGGAAAAAUUUCGAGAAGAGAGGAACACACGCUACACCGGUCAUGGAAAAGCGGAUAUUUCUCGAGCAACGGGGCAGGAAACCCGCCGACAUUAAAGAAUUGGUCCUUGACAAUUGUCGGAGUACAUAUAUUGACGGUCUGACGGAUGAAUUUGUUGCAUUAGAAGUCCUGAGUCUUAUCAAUGUAGGUCUUACCAGUCUAAAAGGUUUUCCAAAGUUGCCCAAUUUAAAAAAGUUGGAAUUAAGCGACAACAGGAUUUCCGGGGGAAUAAAUCUUUUGCACAUGAGUCCUAAAAUAGAUUAUCUUAAUCUUAGUGGGAAUAAGAUCAAAGAUAUUGAUACGCUCCAACCAUUGAAAGAAUUCAAGAAUUUGAAAUAUUUGGAUCUCUUUAACAAUGAAGUAACAAACGUUGACAAUUACAGAGAGAAAGUCUUCAGUCUUGUACCCAAUCUACGAUAUUUAGAUGGUUUCGACAGGGAUGAUUGCGAGGCAGAAGAUAGUGAAGAUGACGAAGUGAAUGGUAAUGAGGAUGGUGAUGGAGAAGUUAAUGAAGAGGACAGCGAGGAGGGCUCUGAUGAAGAAUCCGGUUAUAUACCGGGUGAUUUAGCAUCGGUCUAUAAAUAUACUUAUGAAGAUGAUGACAGUGACGAGGAGGAUUACAUGGGCGAAGAGGAGGAAGAGGAAGAUGAUGAUUAUGAUAUAGUUGAAGUUGAAGUUGAAGAGGAAGAGGAAGAGGAAGAAGAGGCGUCUCCUGCCCGUGGGAAAAAAAGAAAACAUGAAGACGUGGAAUCAGGGAACUAGAGAAUCCUAAAGUAAGGAGAACAGGCAUCCGAUACUGUUUUUAAAUGAGUGUAAAAUUCUUAUAAAUAAUAACAAUAAUUGCGACGCGCUGAGAGUGGAAAUACAGCUGGGAAUCAAACCUAAUUGACCGACCAAUGAAUGACAGAGAGACUACAAGUUUAGUAGUGGUGUGAAUUUAUCAGUAAAUCAUUAACUGAAUAAUUUUGUUUGUGAACAAAAAAAUAAUAAUAAUAAUAAUAAAGAAACGAAAAGGAGAAAAAAAAGGAUAGAAAGUAAGUAAG